AUGAUCUCCAGGAUAGCCAGGGGCCUCUUUCAGCUCAACAGCGUGCCCUGUCUGCGGGCGAUGACCGGGACAACGCCAGUGGUCCGUCAGACGGCCGUCUACGGCGCGGUUUGCAGACCGUUCUCUUCCUCUCUGGCACGGUGGCACGGACAUAUACGCAAGCCCAAUCCCGGCGAAGAGUUGCACGCCACUUUCAUUCUGAAGGACGGCACGCAAAAGACGUUUGACGUCUGUGAUGGCGACACGUUGCUUGACGUUGCUCAGGCGCACAAUCUGGACAUGGAGGGCGCCUGCGGCGGCUCUUGCGCGUGCUCGACAUGCCACGUUAUCGUAGACCCGGACUACUACGACGCAUUGCCUGAGCCAGACGACGACGAGAACGACAUGCUGGAUCUUGCGUACGGGCUGACCGAGACCAGCAGGCUAGGCUGCCAGAUUAAGAUGUCCAAGGACAUAGACGGCAUCAGGGUGGCCCUGCCUGCGAUGACCAGGAACGUCAAUGCGAGUGACUUCUCGUAA